AUGCCGCUCGCGUGCACCUGCAACACCUCCGCGCUCUCCUCAGAGAACGGUGGCAACGACGCCACGCUGCCGUUUGACGUCAUUCCACCACUCCCCUUCUCUUCCUUCGACAUGAGCAACAACACUACACGGAACGAAGACUCUCCACGACGAGCGAUGGACGGGGGUUCGAGAACAGAUACGCCAAGGACAUCUCAAUCGCGCCGAAGACGGGAAACGACAGUAGCAUCAAAGGAGGCUGAGCCUUCCUCCAUCAACCCGCACUCCGACGCCUCAAGCCGCUCGCACGAUCAUGACCACGGCUCUUCCCCCAUUAACCGCUCACAGAACGACCUUGCGUCCCACCCUGAUGGGUCCUCCAAUGGCUCGGGUGAGCCUUCGCAGUCUCAACAGGCCAAGCAGCGCCCGUCGGCACCAACCUCCGGCUCAGAACUGUCAGACGACCGGCGCCGCAUGGCACGCAACCUGCUCCGCCUGCCGGGUAUGAGGCAAACCAUAGGAUACGCCACGCGAGGCAUCGCGAAGAAGAAGGUGCGCCGCGUAGUCGCCCGCGGCAAGGCAAAGCUGAAGCAGGCUUUCAUGCGUGCUGGUGACGAUAAGUCGAGCGGCGGCGCCCGCGGUUGGCGAAAGGCUAAGCGGCGCACGAGCAAGGCGUAUUCCUCUUGCUCCUCCCGCGGCGACCGUGCCGCCAAGUGGGUCCACAAUCAGAGCUACAGGAGCGCCGGACAGCACAACUCUCCCCGCUCGCCCGACAGCUCGGGCAGAUACAGAUACAGCUUCCAGCUCUCCUCGCCGUCGGUGGGUGACGAUAGCCGCGAACACGACAGAAGCCUCAGCCUGAGCUUUGGCUCGCCGACACUCGACUUUUCGGCCCCCGACUCACAGUCCACGCCUACCAAGCGUGGUCGAAGAGUCAGAGCGCCCAGUAUCACCGAAUCGCUCGCUUAUGAAGAGAGCCAGGAGCAGUGGCGGCAGUCGGAGCAGAGUCUCGGCAUUCUAGUGCUGCAGGACAACUCGCCCACCUCCGCGAAACAACCAGGUAGCUUAAAUUACCGCGUUUGCAACUGA